AUGCUCCUCCUUCAAGUCCUACGACAUCUACUCCCACUCCUCCUCCUCUUCACAUGUGCCCUAGCAGUGGAGGAUCUCUAUAAAAUACUUGGACUCGACAAGUCUUGUUCGGAAAGAGACCUAAAGAAGGCCUAUCGCACUCUGUCCAAGAAGUACCAUCCAGACAAGGCGAGCGGAGAUGAGAAGAAGUUUCUCGAGGUCGCAGAUGCCUACGAGACACUGUCUGAUCCUACCACGCGCAAAAUCUACGAUCAAUAUGGCCACGAAGGUCUAGAAAACCAUAAACGAGGGGGCGGCGCAGGCGGACACCACCAUGACCCAUUCGAUUUGUUCUCGAGGUUCUUUGGCGGCGGAGGACACUUUUCAGGUGGAUCUGGAAAUGGGAUAAGGCGAGGACCAGACCUCGAAGUCAGACUCCAUAUUCCCUUACGCGACUUCUACACGGGUAGAGACACAGAAUUCACAAUCGAGAAACAACAAAUAUGUGAAGAAUGCGAAGGUUCAGGAUCUGCUGAUGGACAGGUUGAAACAUGCCAUCAGUGUGGAGGGCGUGGGAUAAUUAUCCAGAAACACAUGCUUGCGCCGGGAAUCUUCCAGCAGGUCCAGGCAGCAUGCGACCAGUGUGGUGGACGCGGCAAGUCUAUCAAGCAUAAAUGCAAGGUCUGUGGAGGUAACCGGGUCGUGCGAGGCCCUACUACAUUGACUGCUACUCUCGAGAGAGGCAUGCCGAAAGGUCAUAGACUUGUUUUCGAAAGCGAGGCAGAUGAGCAUCCAGAUCACGUUGCGGGCAAUCUGUACGCCUAUCUCAUGGAGCAAGAACCUGCAAUGCCAGAGGAUGAGAGCCAAAGGACCGACGGGACGUUCUUCCGUCGCAAAGAUGACGACUUAUACUGGAAAGAAGUACUUAGCCUUCGGGAGGCCUGGAUGGGAGGCUGGACUCGCAACCUCACCCACCUCGAUGGGCAUGUCGUCCAACUGUCGCGCAACCAGGGUGAAGUGGUCCAACCCGGUCAAAUUGACACUAUCAGGGGCGAGGGCAUGCCCAUUUUUCAUGAAGAUCACAUGCAUGGCCAUGACCAUGACGGAGAAGAGUUUGGCAAUUUAUACGUUGAGUACAAGGUCAUCAUUCCGGAUCAAAUGGAUAGCGGCAUGCACAAGGAGUUCUCGGCAGUCUGGGACAAGUGGCGCAAGAAGAAGGGCGUGGAUCUGCUACAGGACAGUGGCAGACCAACCUACAUUGUACGAGGAAAGGACGAAUUAUAG